UUUGUCUGUGCAGACCACAUAUUCGUCGCAGCGCGCACCUCCUUUACAUCAUCGCUCUUGUUCUGUCUGUUUUUGUCUUUCAAUUUUUUCAACUGUGGUCUUUCAGAAUGCAGUUCACAUUUGCUCUGCUCGCCAUCUUUGCCUGCUUGGCUACAUCCGCUAGUGCUGCUCCGUACGGGAUGCAGUUUUCGGAUUCUGUCAUGAUUCGGGAUAGUACUCCUGGUAUUAGUGAUAAGGCCCAUAAGAAACACCCCGGUCGGGACGGUACUCCUGAUAUUAGUGAUAAGGCCCAUAAGAAACACACCGGUCGGGAUGGUACCACUGGUAUUAUUGAAAAGGCCCACAAGAAACACCCCGUUCGGGAUGGUACCAUUGGUAUUAGUGAGAAGGCCCAUAAGAAGCACCCCGUUCGGGAUGGUACUCCUGGUAUUAUUGAAAAGGCCCAUAAGAAACACCCCGUUCGGGAUGGUAUCACUGGUAUUAUUGAAAAGGCCCAUAAGAAACACCCCGUUCGGGAUGGUACUCCUGAUAUUAGUGAUAAGGCCCAUAAGAAACAUACCGUGAAUAAUGCUGCUAAUGCUACAGACAGCGCUGCGACUACCGAUACUGCCGCUAAUGCGACUGUGACAACGGCCGACGCCUCCAGCAAUUCUACGGACGCAGCUGCUGCUGUUUCUACUGUCACACUUACCGUGACUGCUAAUAACUGUGCUGCCACCGAUGCGACGGCCGCGACCAGUGUAAAUGCAACUGCUGCCACAGAUGCCGAUGCUACCGACGUCAGCGCUGCUACCGACGCCGCGGCUGCUGCUACUGAUGCGGCUGUCAGUGCGACUGCAGACGCCAGUGCUACUGUAGAUGCCGAUGCUACGGCCACAGCUGCCGCCGAUAACUCAGCUGCGACGUCUACAACAUCUACUUCAUCAAAAAAGAAGACUUCUGGAACGGACGAGAGUGAUGUUAAUGCUGUGAUUUCAAAUUUGCUCGAGGAUCUGAAGAACAGGGGAUUUGGUCGCCGUGGACUCAUCAACCGUCUGAUACUCGAUGAUGGUCUCGAUCUCUGAAUGCGAUUUGGAGGGAUUUAAGCUAUUGACUGCGCCUCAUUGAUAUAUACCUUUUACUAUCAUUGAUUGGUGGUACAGACCUUUUCUUUAUCAUCGACAUACGGACCAUGUAGCAUGUAGUAGGACAAGGAAUGCUAGGACCGAAUGUGUUACCCGGUACCCAAAGUAUGUGUAAGAAGUCCGCGGC